UGUGGAAAUGGUGACUGGUGUGUGGAUAUUGCUAAACUCUUUCCAAAAUGGUUAGUGGUAGGCAUGGACGAUAAAUCCGGCAGUCCAAUUCGUGAUCAUCGCAAGGUUCCCAAAAACUUUAAAUAUCUUCUUUGCUAUCAUGAUGUAUUACGAACCCUGACUGAAAUACCCAAUGAAUCUUUUGAUUUAGUUUACAGUCGCUUCAUGAUGUUCAAUUACAAUGAUGAGGAUUAUGCUCGCUUGAUCAGGGAAUGUCAUCGUAUUUGUAAACCCGGUGGGUUUGUGGAAUUUUAUGAAUUAAAUUUAAGGAUUUAUGGUAAUCCACGUGCGGGUCCAGUCACCUAUCGGAUGAACUCAAAAGUGAUGAUGGAUAUGGAAGAACGCAAGUUAAACCCACGUUUAGGUAGAAAUUUAGGCGAGAUGGUAUCGCAAAAUCACAAAAAGGACCACUUUAAUUCGAAUUAUACCUCUUUACCUAUGGGCAAGUGGGGUGGUCGAUUAGGGGUCAUGUUUCGUGACGAUGUCUAUGAAAUAUUCUCUUCCUUUGAAGAGCUGUCUGAAGUAGUUAUCGAUACUGUUAGUGCAGAAAUAGAAGUACGAAAAUCCUUUAUGAAUCUACACUAUGUU